CUGUGCGCCACAGCGGGGGCGACGUGGAGAGGUCUCGGUGCUGGUUGGGCACUUUCUCCUCCAUCUCCGUCCACCGUCCGUCUGUCCCUUCCUUCCUCUCCUCCUGUUGAGAGACAGAACAGCAACCGAACAUGGUGGUCGCGGGUCUCGGUUCCCCGGUGCUGCUGGCCUCGUUGCUGGCUCUGGUCGGGGUCUGCUCGGCGCGCUCGGACGCGCCUCGGGGAGUCGCGGUCGGGUUCGUUUUCGACCCCAAAGCGAAGUGCGACCCGCCGUGCGAACACGGAGGAGUCUGCAUCCGCAACAACACAUGCUUCUGCUCCAGGGGCUACGAGGGAGAGACCUGCCAGUAUGCCAACUGUUACCCCAAAUGUAAGAACGGAGGAGCGUGUCUUCGCCCUGGAAAAUGCAGAUGCCGUCCAGGAUACGGAGGACGAUAUUGUCACAAAGUGACGUGUGACGGCGGAUGUUGGAACGGAGGAGAUUGCAUCGCUGUCAACGGAGUGGCCAAGUGCAUCUGCCCCUCAAGCUGGACCGGCUCAAAAUGCCAAGAGGCAAUCUGUCCUCAAGGCUGCAGGAACGGGGGAAUCUGCGUGGCUCCAGGAAUCUGCAGCUGUCCGGAGGGAUGGCUGGGUGGUGCCUGCCAUACCGCUGUGUGCAGUAAGCCCUGCCUGAAUGGAGGGAAGUGUAUUUCUCCAGACAAAUGCCGCUGUCGCCCCCCUUUCUCCGGCCCUCAGUGCGAGGAGAGGAAAAAGUCCCACUAGUGUGACCCUGCCUGGGUCAAAGGUCAAUGAGGCCCAAUAAGGGACUUUAUGCUAUUGAGGAUACUUUGUUUUAGCUGAAACUUUUUUAUUAUAUAUGUAAUUCUUUUUAAGAAACAUUGAACCUGUUUAAUGUUUGACUGUAUGAACAUGCUAUGUACUGUACUGUAUUUGGUGUCACUAAAUGAAUAAAAGAGUGAACUGCA